CCGAUUUUCCCUUGAUUUAUGGUUCUCUCUGUCUCACUUUCGUUUUUCUCACUCUCGCAAUGGACGACCCGAACUUCCAGCCAAACUCCCAGCCAAAUCAACCUAUUUGGAUGCCAGGUAUGUUCGAUAAUCACACGUUUUAUCCUUCUGGAUUCGAAGGAAACGAUGCAUUUAGUGCUUCAGUAGGUUUCGUGAAUUCCGCAUUCUCUGUUGUAAUGUCAAAUUUCUCAAUGUCUCAUCAUUUUGGAUUUCCUCCAUACUACCCUUCAGCUGCGAGCUUCUCUACCUCAUUUGUUCAUAAUGUACCCCUCAAUGCUGGACACUCAUACCCCCACCCUAUAGUAUCAACCUUCUCCAGUAUAGGCUUACAUAGCCAGCAGUUCAGCUCUCCAGUUUUUGGUUUGUGGUUUUGUAUAUUAUGUCUUCUUGUUUAUUUUCGAAUUCAGGUGAAGUUAUUUAUAUUAUACCAUCUCUCAGGGGUCAUGUUCAAUACUGGCAUAGCCAGCAAUUCAGCUCUCCAGUUUCUGCCAUCUUAUGUUAAUCCUCCAGAAAGGGCAGAAAUGCUCACUAAUACUCACAAAGAGGAGGCUGUUGUAUUUGUUAAUGCUCAAGAGAAGGAGAGGGUUCGUUGUUCGGUCUGCUGGCAGUAUGGUGGUGUCCGUGGAGAGUAUUUCUCUCCCAAUGGAAGUGGAAAUCUGAGCCUAUCUGGAUUUCAAGCUCAUCUUUCUUCCGACUUCCAUGUUAAGUCUCUGUUGGCUAAAGAGAAGGGGAAGCAGACUCUUGAAACUGUUGUGACAAGUCAAAAUUCUGAUUUGGGAGGUGCAUCAGAGCAUGGUUCUGUGACUGCUGUCUCCUCCAUGGAGAAGGUGUCCACCUCAGUUGAGGAAAUAAAAGGAGUGCUAAAUGAGAAGCUGUAAAUCUUUGCUGCAUCAUUACUAACUUGUUGCAUACUAUAUUUUGUUAAAUCUUUGGAUGUGCUGCCUUAUAGUCUCUAAAAAAAGUUCAUCAUUGCUUUAUUUUUUGGCCUCAAAGUAUGUUUGAGGAGGAAAAUGAAUGAAUGCUAUGUCUAUGUCUCAAAUUGUGAAUAUUUCAUUUAGUGCUGCAGCAUUUCGUUCCUUUUGUGUUCUAUGAUA